CGCGUGCCCUGCUCUUCCUCUCCCCCGACCCUCUGCACCCGACGAACUCCCCAGCCACCACCACCCAUUUUCCGGCCGGAAAUCCGGCAAAGCUUAGGGAUUUCUCUCUAUUUCCUUGUUUUAGAACACCUGUUGGACCCAGAAAAUCCCGAAUCUACUCUAGUCUUCUUCCCCUGUCCGCGAGCCGUUUCUGUUGGGUGCGAUUCUUGGGCUUUUUUGGUAAGAUCUAGCCACGAAUCCCUCUCUUUCACUUUGAUUUAGGUUGGGUUUACUUUAAUUGCUUUAUUCCCUUCCAAUUUCUGGUAGAGCCAUGAGUCCCCUGCAGAGAAUUCCCGCCGGCCUCUUUCCCCCUGCAGCUUCGGUUCUUGCUGGAAAAUUCUGGAUGCGAAACCGAGGACGGGGAAACCAAGGGGAGUGACGAGUUAGAAGGCUAGCCACUUGUAAUUGAUAUAGAUUUGAGAUACAAAUUCAUUUCGCAGAUUGUUAGCUUAUAAGAGAUUUGAUCUAGAGAUUUUGAAAUAAUUGAUUUGAGUCAUUGGAUGGUCAGAUGUGAUUUGAAUAAGUUCCGAGCCUUGUGCAUUAAUGGGACCUUCUCACGAGUGCACGGCGUCUGUCGCGCCUCGGAUUUGAGUUUUGGGGCGUGACAUCUGGGUAGGAAAGAAAGAAAGAAGGGGAAGAAGAGGGAUUGGGAGGUGAGGGUAAUAAUAUAAUUUUAUUUUUUUA